AUGACACCAAUGGACUUCCCCCAUGAGCAUUACCAGUACCACGUUGCUUCCCAGCAACAACCACAGCAGCAGCAGCAGCAGCAGCAGCAGCAGCAGCACCAUGCUAAUCAACCUUCUCUAUCCUAUGAACGUUACCCUGUCCAACCUCAACAUGUGGAGGCCUAUUAUCCAGCUCCACAGCACGCUGAAUACGCCGAUUUCGGUUCCAUUACUCCUGAUCAUGAGGACUUCGAAGGAUGCACCGAGAUCUUGACUCGACCACGACUGACCAAAGAACAAGUCGAAGUGCUCGAGGCUCAAUUUCAAGCUCACCCAAAGCCUAACAGCAACGUCAAGCGUCAACUGGCUUUGCAAACCAAACUGACAUUGCCUCGCGUCGCAAACUGGUUCCAGAAUCGACGCGCAAAAGCGAAGCAGAUGAAAAAGCAAGAAGAAUUCGAAAUGACACAGGGCAUGGGUAUUGGUGAGGCCUGGAACAAUGACCACCACAUUCCCACAGGCUACACAAUCCCGUUACAAAUAAACACGGCUGCCGCUACCUCAAGGUCACUGGCGCCGGUCUCCGCCGGCGGUAUAAGUCAUUCGUCGACCACGCCAUCCUCUGCAGAGGUCUUUCCCGCUCGCGAUGCCGUCCAGGAAGCAAGCUGGGCCUCUUUGCAGCGCGCCUUGAAUGCUGCCGACAAUGCUCGCAGUCAGCAUAAACAGAACCCCGGGCAAUGCUUUACAUCCUUGCCUUGCCGGGAUCCUCAGCACCCUCUAUCCUCUUCUUUCUCGCACGAACAAAGUCACAUCCAGCUUCAUCCUUCUCCGGAGUGGAGUCGUACUGCACCGUUGUCUGGUCACUGGAAUUUAUCGUCGCAAAGUUCUGAAGAGAGCGAAUUUGAUUUUGGAUUCAACGGCCAAUCUUCCGAGAACCACACGAUUCAUGAUGUUGGGCAACCAAGAUUCGACUCGCCAGAGGCCAUCCAAGCCUACUCGAUGUCGUCCGAUGUCUGGACCAGCUCUAUGCCGACGCCAACCAUUGAUUCUCACGUUCCUCCCAGCAGCAUGGCGUUACACGAGUCCGAUCCACUACCAAUGCCACACUUCCCAUCUUCCAGGAGGGGCUCGUCAUCGGAUGAUCUAACUGCGACACUCGACCAGUUUGUGCUUGCUGGCACGCCACCUAUGCGAUCCCCUGUGACCAACCAGUUUGAGCAGUUCAGGAAGCCAGGAACUCAUGUUGACAUAGCUGCUCGACGAAAGAGGCCUCGGCCUGCUGCUAUUGGCACGGCUGCCUUACGAAGCUACUCUUAUGGCGGGUCAUCAGCAAUGUCGCCGACUUUCCGGUUCGGUCGACAAUCACAAAAUGCGCACCCAAUACGCCAUGUUAAGUCCACAGGUCAGAAUCUCAACGUCACGUACGCUGGCAUCAGGAAGCCUGGUUCUGCUCAACGAUCGCCACUCAACAUCUCUACAUUUGCAGAAGCUGAAGAGUUCAAUCAUCUGGUCGAAAAGCAGAAAUACUCUCAGCGAUCUGACUUGGAACAAAGUCGUGCACCACCCACUCCGCUUUCCAACGAAGACCUCAUGAGAACUCGGCUACCAACGCUUGAGGAGCCGCUCUUCACGGAACAAGAUCAGGAGACACCUCACCAGUAUUUCCUAAAUGGACAACCAUCUCAAUUCAACAUAGUGUCUCCUCCAUCGACACCGAUGAAAUCGGAAUUGUUUCCCCCACCACACAUGCAAUCUAUGAUGCCACCGAUGUCAGCUCCACCUCAAUAUGCCGUCUUCCCUGACUACACUCCACCAUACUCUGCCGGACCGUUGACAGCUAGUAGUUGGUCUGAUGCGCCGUUGACCUCUCCAGAGAUGGCCACACUCUCGCCGUCAGCCCAUAUGUCGCAGCAAACCUACGUCUCACCUGUCAUGCAUGAUUAUAGCUCGGGGCAUUCAUACCCAGGUCCAUUCGCCACACAGCGUCAUGCUGAACAGAAGCCAAUUGAAACUAGCUCCUGCGCCUAA